AUGUGCGACUCGUAGAGACUCAGAUAGCAAGCUAUCUUGAUGGACCUCAUCCCUUAAAAAAUAGAGUUAAUAUCGUGUGAUCCGAUGGGUCACAUAUCAGAUACUCCCUCCGUUUCAUAUUGUAAGUAGUUUUAGAGAAAUGUUUUUGUUUCAAAAUAUAAGUAGUUUUCGUAUUUUUAGGUAAUUUUUACAUUUAUUGAAUACAGUGUGACCAAUCAAAUUAAAUAGACUUAUUUUUUAUUGGUUAAAUUAUAUCUAACCUAUUUAUUAUAAAAUACUUUUUAAAAACAUAAUAAUUUUCUUAAUCUUCGCGCUUUUAGCCAAAACUUAUAUUACGAAACGGAGGGAGUAUGAUAAGAACAGAUACUACACUUGAUCUUAGCCAAAAGGCAGAGAAAGGUAUGAAUUGUUCAGUCUCAUGGCCUUUUCUUUUAUACUUCUCCUCAUGCAUUCCACUCUUGUAUUGUUAGCGAUGUGGGACUCUGAUACAAGACAAAAGAAACACUCUUUUCGUUUCAGCGGGUCUUUCGUUCUGCCUUGUUCAGCGGAGUCUGAGAGGAGAAGAAACCAAGUCUCUCAGAAUUUUCCAUUCUCGUGGUCGGUAUCCUUGGUCAUUGUAUUGCCAUGGUACUACUAGGUUUAGCUUGAUGGGUUUGGUUUCUAUUAGCACAGUCAUCUUUAUUUGAUCGUUAUGUUCUCAUUUAACUGGGAAAGUUGAGAGCUUUAGCCUGAACUGAUUAGGUCUGCAUGAUCUUUGUUUGUAUAUCCGUGUGAAACGCAUGAAAGCCGCUUACUUUAUCUAAUGCGAUCGCACAGAGACUGUUUUUUCUUGGAUGUUAAGCAAAAACUGUUUACCCUCAUUGUCACUUGUUACUAGUAUAAUUUUGAUCGGGUUGGGGAUGAUGCACUCGUGCCUCUGAUUUUGGCUGAUUAUGUUAGCUUAGAAAAACAAGAUACUGUUCAUGUUAGCCUCUGUAAGGAACACACAAUGCACUCGUACCUAUGUAGUAUUCACCGCCUAACUCUCUCAAUUGUGUCCAAAAGUGACUGGUCAAUGCUUGUGUGGCUUUCACUUCAUAAUAGAAUACUCUUGUUAGAUGAGCUUAGAUAAUGCUUGUUACUCAUCAUGUUAUUGCCGGGAGCAUCUCUUCAAGUAUCGCAUCUCAAACCCGCACUAAGCAAAUUUUAGAGCAGAUAUUCAGUCAGACAUCAGAUCCCAUGACAACAGGUAGAUUUCUUAUGGACCUCUUGGGAAACUGAGAAAGCAAAUGCAACAGCAACACCCAACAACUACUUUUUUUUGGAUUUGUAUCUUCUUUUUUCUGGGUUUACUGUUAUAAAACCUCAAACUCAUUUGUACCAAAAGUUUCAAAAGAGAAUAUGAAGUGGGCUAAAUCUUACAUCAAGCUCAUCACUCAGCGUGUGAAUGUUAUACAGCACAAAAACAAUUAAAUUAAUUGCAGAUUUCCAGAAUUCUAGUGCUAGAUUGGUCUUUGUUGAGUUUGUAAGCAAGCAUUGAUCUCAUUCCCUUUGAUCUCCAUACUUAUUGGCUGAUUAUGUUUACUUAUUGGCUGAUUAUGUUUGCUUAGAUAAGCAAAAUACUGUUCAUAAUUCACCGGGCGUUUGGAAUAUUUGUCUCACUGGACUCACUGUUGCGCUCUCUUAUGCUCUGUGUUGUUACUUUUUUUGUACAUGCUUAUUAGAUGAUGGUUUAUGUUCAUUUUGUUAGCAUUGUCUUCUUUUAAUUAUGGAGUGAUGAACAGACUUUAUAUACUUUUUUCUCAACAAUGUUCUCAAGUUGACACACUACUACAUCACGGAAGAACAUAGCUGUUGGAUCGGUUGUUAUUCCGCCAACAACGCUUGAGUACGUAAAUGGCCAAGCACUGUUUUUCUUCUCCUGCUAGCUUCAGCUUCUCAACAACAUUGUACACCAUAACAUAGUCAACACAUACAUAACCAAUGUCUCAGAAAACAUAAACAGACAAACAAACAUGCCUAAAUCAUUACAUUAUCUCUACAAUUUCUUUGACAAAACUGAGAGGACCGCCUGCUUCUGUCAGUAAACAUAAUGGGAAAAGAUUUGAUGAUUUUUUAAGACAUGCUAGACUAGCAAGAGCAAAAAAACAACAAUAAAGAAACCAAAUUGCUGGACAGAACAAGAACAUACCCCAUUUUGAUAAUAAUAAAAUUUUAAAAGUUUGCCAUAAAGAAAAGUUAGAAAAUUAGGAACUAGAAACCCUUCAUGUAUUUGUGAAUACCAGUUUGAUUUUGGUUUUCUUGGUUUAAUUUUUUGGGUUUUUGGUAAAACGCCCGAAGAUCACAUGCUCUACAAUAAGAUGAGUGUAUCUGAUAUAAAUUAGUUUGGUUUGGUUUGAUCUUCAGUUUGGUUAUAUUCAGUUUGAGUUAAUUCAGUUUUGUUUGUGUUUGUUUAAUUCAAUCGAGUUAAUUUUUAUGUUUGUAGUUCAGUUAAAAUUUUUUUUUUAUUAAAAUAUAAAAAUCAUCAAUUAAAUUAUUAUUUUUCAUAUUUAUAUGUAAAGUACAUCAUAUGAAAAUGUAGAAGAUAUAACUCAAUAAUUUUAUAUUAUUAUUUUCGAGUCUAAUAUAAAUAUGAUAGUAAUUUUCAGUUUUAAUGAUAGUAUAUAGAAUUUAUAAUUUUAUCUAUUUAUUUAGAAGUAAAAUGUAUAAAAAUAUCUUUAGUUUUCUUUUAAAUGUUAGAUGGUUAAAUAUUAUUAAAUGGUUGGAACAUAUACUUUGGUUUAACUUGAAUCGUUUGGGUUCGGCUGGAUCAGUCCGUUUUAGUUUGGUUCAGAUUUUUUGUCCAUCCCUAAUCAUUGGACCUGAAUAAGAAAAGGUCCAAUAACAAUGAUCUUCCUUGGAGUUGAGUUACGUUAACAUUCAUUGGGGAACUAGGGCUUCACAGCUUCUCAGUAAGAAAAGAAAAACUCCUACAAAGGGAAAAGAAAAAGAGUCUUCGAAGAUUGAUCUAAACUUAUUUGUGUUCAUCCAUCUUAUUUUGAAGCUUGAAACAAUAUGAAGACGAUGAUAUCCAAUCUUCCUGUGGACUUGCUAGAGGAGAUUCUCUCUAGGGUUCUGUUGAAAUCUAUAGGAGCAGUGCGAUCUACUUGUAAAAACUGGAACGUUUUAUCUAAAGAUGAGAGAUUUGCCAAUAAGCACAUUGAAAAAACAGCAGCAUCACAACGAGAUAAGGAGGUUCUUGUGAUCACGGUGAAUACCAAAGAUCAUUUGAUUAGCGUCAAAUUCUAUGACUUUCACAAGAAAAACUUUGAUCCAUCCAUGAACCGUAACGGUAUACUUAUUACACGAGAAAAGUCAGAUCAAGUAGUCUCUGUACGUCAUGUCUUUUAUUGCAACGGUUUACUGCUAUGUCUAUGGAAAGGCAACGACAAACGUAGGCUUUUGGUUUGUAACCCGUACUGGGGUAAAACAAGAUGGAUUGAAAGCCCAACAGAACGUUAUUAUAAGAUGUUUGCUUUUGGAUACGAUAAAUCAUGUCGUACACACAAAAUCCUUAGGCUAAGCAGUGAUGAUAAUAUUGUCAUCCACGUAGACAUCUACGACUUGAGUUGUGAUUCAUGGAAGACUCCUUAUGAAGCUUUUCACAGCAAUGUAAUAAAGUAUAUUAAACCUGGCUUGUCUUCGAAGGGAAACACUUACUGGAUUGCUAAAGAUGACUCAGAAGAUGUUUACUUACUCUGUUUUGAUUUUACUAGAGAGAAGUUUGGACCGCGUCUGCCUCUACCAUUUAGUUUUGCUUACGGAGGCUAUGCGUCUCUAUCUUCGGUUAAAGAAGAGAGGCUUGCGUUGUUGUUAAAACAACGGGGUAUAAUAUUUGAGAUUUUUGAUGUUUGGGUUACGGAUAAGCUUGAGCCCGGUGCUGUGUCCUGGAGCAAGUUAUUCAAAGUUGAAACGUUGAAACUCAAUUGUCGUUUUCUGUUUGAGAUUUUCUUGAUCGACGAGGAGAAGAAGAACUUUGUAGUUUUUGAUAAUUGUGAAGGAUCUUUCAAGACAUACAUCAUUGAUGGGGAAAGUGGUGAUUUCAGAGAAGUGGAGAGCAUAGAAGCUCCAUACUCACGGCUUGACAAUCUUGUGGACUGUUAUGUUCCAAGCUCUGUGCAAAUCUAAGUUAACAGAUUAGUGAUUAGUCUAUUUAAUGUUCUUUUCAAACAAGAUUAAAUUACAAGCUGUAUCCCAUCUUCUCUUCUAUAAUGAUCAUGGCUUCAUGUACUCUCUUGAAACUCAAUUGGUUUGUUAUAUAACAUUUUCAAUCUAGACUUCGACAUCUGCAUUAUAUGUUUUUGAAUGACCUUAUCCUCUUACUUUUUUUUUCUCUCCCUCGACUUGUACUCUCUUCAAGCUCAAUUCACAGAUCUUCAAAACUCUAAAUGAAAGGUCCACAAGGAUUUACUUAUGUAUGUAUGUUAACGUUUCUUCAGUCUAAGAAUACUUGUGUAGUGACCGCGUGCCUUUCACUUCAUUUAAUUUACUACUCUUGCUGGUGUCAACUAUAAAGUUAUUAUAAAUGAGCUUUGGGGAAUAAAAAUGCGGAAGCAUGAUCUACUGUUUUCAUCUUAUGCUACUGUUGCUGCAAGUCUCUGAAGAUAAGUCUUAAAAGCAUUGUAUACACUCAUGAUUGAUUUUUAUGUUUCACUGUAAUCCAUUUUCCUUGCGCUAUGUGUUGUUUCAUACAUUCUUACGAGAUGAUGAUUCGUUUUUAUUUUGUUCACAAUGCCCUCUUUAUUUUCAUGGAGUGAUGAACAUAAUUGAUAUACUUUUUUUUUCUCAACAUGUUCUGAACUUGGCACACUACAUUAUUAGCAAGUGACAUAUAUAACAGAAAUAUGCUUUAGCUAAUUGACAUGAGUGACGAAGCAGGUCCCGAUAUUCAUGAAUCAUGACUAGUGAUUGUGCAAGCGGAAGGAUCAAGCCAAGGAGAGCAGUUUUUCAGUCAGUCAUCAGAUCCGAUGACCAGUGUGUUCACACAAUGAAGGUCCUCAAAAAUCUCUCUGGUGUAAGGAUGUGGUCACCUUUACUUUUUUCUGAACUUACCUACUCUUUUUAUCACGAUUUCACUGUAUUCUUUUUAGGCUUACCUAAACCAAAAAACACUAUCUGUUUCUUUUGGUUAUGUUAAAGGAAG